UCCCAACUAGCAUUUCCGUCGUCGUGGAGACCCCCGAUUUCCGAUCACUUCCGGGAUUUACCGAACUGUACGCUUCAUUUCUUCAUGAGUGGAGAAAAAUGGCUUUUGAAUUGUCCGAGGAUCAGUUAAAAACAGCGGAAAACGAGCUGAAGAAAUAUUUACCUAUGUCGCAGCAGGUUUACGGUUUCCUGGUGAUCAGAAACAGAGUCAGAUGCGACCCUGUACGGGUUGUAGUGGACAGGUGGCCACAGUUCCGCGUCAUUAUGUGCAAACCACACGGUGAACAGAAGAGUGACCUCUUCAAAGAUACACUGCUUUUUGCAACUGACGCUGCUGUUCUAGAGGAAAUCCUCAGCAAGUCAUCUGUUAUUGACUGGAGCAAGUACUUUUGUGUUGGAACCAGCGUUUCCCACACUGAGAUAUUCAAAGCAGUGGCAUCAGCAAAGGGUGUACCCUGUAAAAGAGUGGCAAAAUGUUACUUGAUGACACUGGAAGAUGUGAGCAGGCUUCCCUCUGUAGACAGUUCAGGGAUCUCAAUAAGCUCUCUUGAUGAAUCGCACAUUGGCUUGGUGAACCAAACGUGGAAGUUUGGAAAGGUCGAUGUGGCCGUUGCGAUGAUCCGCAACAUGAUUGCAAACUUCCCCUCCUGCUGCGUGCUGGAUGCUGAAAGAAAGCCUGUGUCCUGGAUUCUGACGUAUCUAUCAUGUGCUAUAGGAAUGCUUUACACGCUGCCAGAGCACAGAGGGAAAGGCUAUGCCAAAAUCCUGGUCAGCAGCUUGGCCAAGAGGAAUCAUGCACUGGGCUACCCAGUUUACAGCUUCAUAGAAGAGGAGAACGCUGUGUCCUACAGGCUCUUUGCAAACCUGGGCUUCACUGAAGAUCCCUCUUACAGGGAAGCCUGGUUUGUAUUCAAUGAAUUUCAAAUAUUUCCAUGAAGGACAGAAUAAAAGUUAAAAAAAAAUAUGCUACAGCUUUUUCUAUAAUAAGUUAAAGUCACAAGGUUAGCUCAAUCUUUUAGAAAAUAGUUGGAAUAAAGACGAUAGCCUGAAUUUUGGGUUAAUAGCUCUUUAUUCGGCCCUCAUAUUGCCCUGGAACAUUUCUCUCAUUUAUAAAAAGUGUGAUCACUUCUGGUCUGUUAUCUAUUUUGACUGUAUAGCCUCUUAAGUAUACAGCAAAUCUCCUGGAAAAUUGCAUUAAACCUAGACUGUAAAAAUUAAAGAAUAAGUGAAUUAGGCAUUGAUUGACAAAAAUAAUACAAGCGUAGCAGUCCCAGACUGCGUACCACAGAUAAGGCUGAUAAUUCCAUGCAUGUUCCGAGUGUCUGGAUCCAGUAGGAUCCACAUCUGGAUCUGAGUGAGUAUGUGAUUUCUUGGAGAAGACAUUAAUUCCUUGGGGCUUGCUUUUGGGUCAGAAAGGGCACCUGUAAGUAGCUUUAUUUUCAAGCUAACUUCUCCCAAUUUCAUUUUGAUGUAUUUGUCAAAAUAUGGUGUGAAAUGUCCAGUUUUCCCCUAUUUCAGAAUAGUAAAGAACCUUUCCACAACUUCCUGGAUCAACUCCAAAAGUAAUCUUCUCUAAGUAGGCUCAAUCCCUACCACUGAUAGUUUUGCUUAGAAACAAUCAAAUCAAUCACAUUACCUGCAUGACAGGUUAAGGGGGUCACCACACCGGAUCAUUAACCUCAAUCUGAGCUUUGGCCACUCUGUUGUGGAAUUAUCCUGAUCUGCAUGAAGACUUUCUUCCUGGGUUCCUGACACAACCCUUUGCAUUUAUCUGGCUAAAUCAGCUGUGAAUCAUAAAAAACAAACAUUAUAAUAUCAUUAAGUACAAACAUUUCAAACUGAAGCUAAUAUGCUUCUAAAAAUGGGGACAGUUUAGUGCUUCAUUAAAAACUGAGGGGAGCAAAUAAAGCUAACUUGUCUGUGUAACCAAGACAUGAGGUAGGCAAGACUGUGGACGGUCUCUCCUGUCUGUUGACCAAGGCUUGAGGAACCAAUUAAUGUUCACAUCUGAGUAAAUAUGAGACAGUUAUGUGAUCUGCUGGUGAGGACAGAUGAGUGGGGUUAAUUAUGUUAUAAGCGGAGUAAUGAGGUGGAAGAAACUUAUUUUAUUUGACAGCUUUAUAAGCCAAAGCAGGGUCACUAAAUUCAGUAAGGUGACCCAAUAAAAUGAUUCCCCAGGCAAUGAGUGCUUACAAUCAAACAUCACAGGAGCCAGAAGAUUUAACAGAAAGAACAAUGAAAGUCGCUCUUGGUGUUUGCUGGCUUGUAUAACAAUGAUUAGCAAAAGUGUAUCCCUCACAACUUCUCCUUUUCUUCUGCUGUGCAAUAAAGAAGUGGUUUAUUGUUGGAUGUCUUUCCCACGUAUAUGAUGCGCAUUAAUUUGCAGCUAAUACUAU